AAUUGGCACAACUUAGCAAAUAAAAUCCCAAAUAGUCACGUGCGUGGUCCGUGCCCUACUAUUCCGUCAUAAUCCGACAAAUACAAGUCGGGCUAUUAUUCUCUAUCCCCCGUCAAAUACCCAAGUAACCCAACUCUAUACAUAUUACCCAGUCAGGCCCAAGAAAUCGACCCAGCCCAUACUAUUAGUUAAAAACCCUAAACCAUGAAUUAGGGUUUCUUCCUUCACUCACAGAGCUGCUGCGUCUUGUUCGUUCAAGUUUUCCCAUCUUCCCCAAUCUCAAGCUCCAAUCUCUCAGCAGCCAUGAUCAUCCCUGAGAAGAACAGGAGAGAGAUCUCCAAAUACCUCUUUCAGGAGGGCGUGUGCUAUGCGAAGAAAGAUUACAAUCUGCCUAAGCACCCCGAGAUCGACGUGCCUAACCUCCAGGUUAUCAAGCUCAUGCAGAGCUUCAAAUCCAAGGAGUAUGUGCGCGAGACCUUUGCUUGGAUGCACUAUUACUGGUACCUUACGAAUGAUGGUAUCGAGUUCCUUCGAACCUACCUCAACCUGCCAUCCGAGAUUGUCCCUGCCACUCUGAAGAAGUCUUCCAAGCCGCUAGGCCGUCCUAUGGGUGGCCCCCCUGGUGACCGACCCCGGUUUUGUGUUAUUAGCUGUGAUUGUCGAGCUCAAAUUCUUAUGUUUCAUUUGGUUUUAAUGGAUGAAAAGUGCCUGCUCGGACCUCCUAGAUUUGAGGGUGACAGGCCACGAUUUGGUGAUCGGGAUGGAUACCGUGGAGGGCCAAGAGGACCUGCAGGUGAAUUUGGUGGUGAGAAAGGUGAAUCAGGUGCACCUGCUGAUUACCAACCUGCCUUCAGGAUGGAGGUGACGAUUUCUUUCCAGUUUCCCUACUCCAUCAACUAUGUUAUAGUUGAAUUCUCCAAACACAGUCGUGGAUUGAAUACAUCUAGUAGCAUUUUUUAUCAGAUUCUUUUUGUGAUAUCAGCUCUUUCUAUUGAGUUUUCCUUAACAAAAAGUGGCUCCGGGCGAGGUGGUUUUGGCCGUGGUUCGGGCAGCUUUGGUGGAGCACCUCCUAGUUAAUUUUGUUUUUUUGUCAUCUUCAUUGCUAUGUAGUUUCUCUGGGAGUUACUUAUGAGUCUAUGACGAACUUUUGUGGAAUGUUAAUUUCGGUUGAAAUGACGUAUUGUACUUUGUCAAUCUUCAUUUUUCUUUACUUCAGACGGAAAUUUUCUCAUUCAUUUCGAUUGGGAGCUCUCUUGAAUGCUACUCUUGAAUGCGAAUUAUAUUCUUCUAUUAAUAGGCUAUGUAUACUGGCUUAUGGAGCUUGUGAGAAAUGUUACCUGGAUGAUUAUGCUUUGUGUCGUGCCUGAGCAUUUAUCAGGAUACAGUAUUUCACCCAUCUCUGAUUAUUAGUCUCUGGUUUGCUCAACUAAUUAAUUUUAACAAAAA